AUGAAUAAAGAUGAACCUCCAGAUGUUUUAUUACAACGAUCCCGCUCAUUGCCCUUCGGAACAGGGUCUCCAAUCGGAAAUCCGUUAUUAAGGCCAUUGGAUGAAAAUAAUAUAACUAUGGUACUACUCAAUUUUCAAGAUCUCAUAUCAUACUUAUCCAAUGAUAACACUAAAGGAUUUGUUGGCAAGCUUUAUGGUAUGUGUUCUAUCAAAGAAUACAAUCAAAAAAUUCAAAUGAACACCGCAAAUGAUCUAGAAAGAAACUCUUUAAGAGAGGUAGAUCCUAAGCUAACCCUAAAAAGUUUUCAAAGAUCAGAUGCUAGUCGCAUUUUCAAACCAGAAGAUGUUCGUCCUGUUCUUUGGUGCCGUCGUACCUUAUAUUACAUAUUGGCGUAUUUUGUGGAUGCAGAUAUUAAUAAAAAGGAUUAUAUUAUGGACAAAAGGUUUUCUUAUCUGGAUAUUUAUAAUUUUUUACGGGACAGACUAAGAAGUAUCUGGCAAGAUUUAACGGUUCAGCACUGUACAAGAAAUCGUGGAUAUAUAGAAUGUUUUGAAAUUAGCAUUCGUUUUUUAAUAUAUUCUAAUGAAAUUCUAUGUGAAAAUGAAGAAUAUGACGCUUCUCAAAACUUCUUAUUAUUAAAUACCUGUCUGGAUAAGCUAAUGAAUGGAUACUCUGAUGUUCACUCAACUGUGAAUAAUAAAAAUCUAACUGACGAACUAAAAUCACUUGAUUUCUAUGAUAAACCUGAUGUUAUGGAAAUUAUGGAUGUUCUCACUUAUACAUCUCCUCAUGAAGCCGAAUUUUGGUCUUAUAGACUCCUUUUACUUAUACCCCAACUACUAACUCCAGAAUGUUCUGCUGUAUUUUGUGAUAUUUGUCAAAGAAUUCCUAAAUGUAUCAAAAAUAGUGAUAUAAUUAGAUUUUCUAUAAAAGUUUGUCUUUCGGUUACAUCUGGAAAUGUUUAUUCUUACUUCAACCUUAUGAAGGAUUCCAAAUGCCAUCCACUACAAUCAGCUCUUAUGAAUCGAUUUUCUGGUUCUGUACGUGUGAAAUUCUUGCAUGAUAUUAUAUUGCACAAAAUUGUAAAAGAGACAACUAAUCCAGUUCAUUUCAAUACGCUGAAAACGAUAUUUGGUUUUGAAGAUGAUGCUAAAUUAUUAAGUCUACUUCAAAGAUAUAAUAUUACUGUAGAUGGUAAUUCUAAGAAAUUGUGCCUAGAAGGUAUGGAUAUGAAGCAACUUGAGUAUGAUAAUAAUUAUUUAAACAAAGUUUCUGGGAAAAUACAAACGACAAGUUCAAUUGUUUUCAACAAGAUAACUUCAAAAUAUCCAUCAAGACAGAUAUUGUUUGAUCCGGAUUUUAACUUAGAUGAAUUCCCAAAAAAGCCUAUACUUGGAAAUACAUUUCAAAAAACACAUGAAACAAAUCUACAUGAUAAUAGUAAUUCCCUUUAUAAAUCUUCCGUCCCUACAUCAACCAACAAUGCUAUUUUCUUGGGAAUAAAUUCUAAAGUUAAUGAUACGGAUAGUGUAGUUACCAAUUCUGGGAAUAUCUUAACUUCAUUUACUACGGAUAAUCGAAAAACUUCGUUUGAUCUUGAUAAAACUUCCUAUACAGAUCAAUCUACCAACAUAAACAUAAUACACGGGACUAAAAUACAAAUAAGUCCUCCCAAAGAUAUAUUGGAAGAUAUUUCAUUUCAGAAAAAAAAUGUGGUGGAAAUAAAAAAAAUUGAGUUUCUAAACAAUAAGAGUGAAGAUAGCCUUGGAAAGAGGAUUAACAGAUCUCUGGAAAGUAAUCCUAUCUUAAAUCCAGCUCGAAAACUAGCACCAAAAAGACCUAUCAUUCUAUCACGACCUAAAAUAGGCACAUACACUCCCGCUAGAAAUGUCAUAAAUAAAUUUGAUAUAAAUUCUCUGAAUAAAUUGGCGUCUUCUAUUUUGAAAAGUGUACUCUUAGAUCCAACUGUCAGCAUUGAUAUCGAGAAGGCCACCGAUAUUUUGGGUAUAACUAACUCGACUUCGCUCAAUAAAUAUACUAAAGCCUACAAAUAUUCUGGACCCUCAUAUAAAUAUAUCAGCAAGAGAGAGAUCUAUCUGAGUAAAGGAGGAAGCCAACUAUACUUGAAAAAAUUAUUGUUUUUAAUGAGAAAGUUAAGAAAAAUGACGUUACCUUUGCAAUUAUCACAUUAUAAUUCUAAGUUAUAUACCAUAUACGAAAAGGCAAAAAAAACAAAUGUAAACAACAAUCAAUCUUUCAACAAUGAUUAUGAACGCGAUGAAAAUAAGCUCCUGGGAAAACAUAAAUGUACCCAAUUUAUAAACAAAUGGGCUAAAAGACAAAACUUUGUCGGCAAAAUCGCAACUUUAAAAAAUCUCACAUGUAAAAUUAUUUCCAUGUGCAGAAGAUUCAUAGGUCCAAUUCGACAUAUUAAACACAUAAGUGAUGUUGAUAUGGCCAGUGGGCCAUGCGAGGCAAAUAAACCUUCUGAAUUGCCAAUUUCCCUAUAUAAAUCUCUAUACAACGUGAUAUUUGAGAAUAGUAAAUUUGUUAUUGGUCUCUCAAAGGAAUAUAUGUUGAAUUAUUCCAAGAAUCUGGACAUAGGUGACAUAAAUCUCUGGGGAUCUGGAAUUUUUUUACACCUUAAACUUUUCGAUAUGGAUGAUUUUCAAGAACUCCGUUAUAUUUCUAACAGGUCUCUAUUGAACGAAGUUGUAAAGUUUAAAAGGGCACAGAUAUAUAUUGAUCCAGAAUAUAGGUUAAGUCUAAAAUCUGAUAUACUAAAUAUCUGCGGCAUAAAUAUUAAGAAGAAAACUUUGUUUACUUCCGAAAUCGAAAACCAAUCCAAAGUCUUUGAAUUAUUCAAAAAUACAAUUCCAUAUACAGAAGAUAAAAGGUCCUUUAAUAUUCCAUUCGGUAUUUUUGCAUCAAUGAACACUGAAUAUGCUGUUACACAAAACAAUGAAGAAACACACAAAAAGAAGUUGGUUGAUUUCUCUAACGAUAGGCUGCUUAAUGAAUCACUCAUAAAUAUUUUUUUGGUUCCUAGGCCUAUUUUUAUUGAGGGUAGCAUGUUUGCAGAUAUUUUGACAUCUAAAAAUGAAAUCAAAAUGGUAAAUAAGACUGCCCUACUUUCUGUAAUGGAUUCGUUGAUUGUAUUAUCAUAUUUAUUUGGAUUAAAUGGAUCUUAUGCCAUAUCAGAAAAAUCUUCUGGGUUGUAUAUACUAUGUUACAGAAUUCAUGUUUCAAUUGAAGAUAUGUUGAUUCUGUCCAAAUUACUUCUCCCUGAAUCGGAUUAUAAAGAUCAAAGUAUUAUUCUUAAUGAAUCAUUAGAUAACUAUCAAAAGAUAUUGGAAAGGUAUAUACAUAUUAUAGAAGAAAGAAUAAUAGAUACACUUACGGAACAUUCUGAGGGCUAUAACAUUAAAAACGCUCCAGAUAUUAUAAAGAAGAAGUUAGUAUUAUCUUGUGUUGGAUUUCAAGCUAAAAAUGAGAUGUAUCCAAUUUCAUCCCAUAAAGAGAGUGCAGACGUUGAACAAAGAACGAAGAAUGGUUUAUUUCCAAUAAUGAGAAUAGUUUAUCCAUUCGGAUUGGAAGUCUCACUGAAAAAGAUUCUGAGGGUCGCUAUUGAGGAUACUAAAAUACGAGUUUUACAAAAACGUGUGGAAUUUAACAAUAUUUAUAAACUUCUGAUGGAUCUAUCUUAUCCUGAAAGUAGUAACGAAACACUUCAGAACAUAUCUGAAAUUUUAGUCAAGCGUAUUCAGGAUGUCAUAAACUACAUACUAUUCAAUUUUCCAAAUCAUUUGUGGAAUUCAUAUGAGGACAAUGAAGUGUGUAUGGAUAAUUAUGAGAUGAUGGAGAGUGCGACUUAUAGCAAAAACACAUUGAUCGCAACGUUCGUCAAAUUGCAGCAUUCGAUAGAUUCAAUUGGUUUAAAUGGGAUAAAACCAGAUGAUAAUAUUGUUAUAUCUCGGACAUUGCGAAAAGAUGCCGCUGAAUGCUGUAGAUUCAGCUUUGUAAGAGAUCUUGUGGAACAACUGGAAAUUCGGAAGAUUAUUGUUCCAUAUGUAGUUGAUAUUUUUCUCUCAAAUGUAAAAGCAUUCUAUAUUAAUUGA